AUGUCUCUCAUAACCCUCCCAUCACUUCCAGACCCAAUCCUACACCUAAUCUGUAUCUACCUCACGCCCGACCGACCAACCGUGAACGAAACCAUACACGGCCAACAACCCACACUCUACCGCUCCAUCAUCAACCUAUCCCUCACCGCGCACUGCCUCAACCGCAUCUCCUCCACCCACAUCGCUACAAACAUCAGUCUUACCGCCGCCUGCACACGCUACUCCCUUUUCCUGCGCAGUGUAACGUCAAACCCCAUUUACGCGUCUCACGUCAGGUACCUCAAGUACUCUGAAAACACCCUGAAUGCGGGUGCAACAACGGAGGAUAGCGACGGUCUUGGAACGCUGCUUAAAGCGCUCUCGGGGCUAGAAGUCUUGUACGCCUAUGGUGCGCACCAUGCGCCCGCUAGGAUACUCAAGUCUCUCACAACACCCAACCCCCUAUCACUAUGCAAGACCCUGCAAGCCAUCCGUCUCGACCACGUAAACGCGUGGCAGGAGCACGAAGUCGUGCAGCUUACUCUCGUGCGUGGGGAGCCGAUAUGUGAGGGCACGACAGGCGAGUGUCACACAACCGGGACCCACCUCCUCACCGGCGACUUGCAUGAUCUAGACGUUUCUGCGCUGGGGGAGAAGAUUACAGGCGUCGUGGGCGUGGAGGUUGCUACCAAGGACUUUGAACAUGGGGAGGAUGAUGAUGAGGAAGAGGAUGGGGAGUGGGAAGAUGAAGAUGACGAGGAGAGUGAUUGGAGUGAGCAAGAUUAUGAGGAUGGGAGUGAAGAUAGUGACUGGGAUUCUGAGGACGACAGCGAUUAUGAGGAUGAUUGGGAGGCAGAGUAUGGGUUUAGUGUGCCAAAAGUUGAGGCCGUGAAGGAGGGAGGAGGUGCUGCUGUCGUUGCUGUGCCGCCGGUUUUGGGUGUUCCUGCUAGGGGGGCGAGUUUAUUGGAUUUUUAG